GCGGUAGUGGAUGGGACCGCUUUCACUCCACGCUCGCGUUUGGGGAUCUUGAGAGCGCGAAGUCUUCGGUGUGGCUUGAGCGAGAGAGGGAGGUUGUGAGACCCUCUCGUCUUUCCCUCUUCACUCUCCAUCACCUUCUCCCCUCUUGGUGGAGAUAAACAGAACACUCAAAAGCGCGAUAAACAAACGAAAGAAACUAGAGAAAGGGAAAAAAAAUAAACAUUAAAGUCGUGAGUGGAAAGCAGAAAACUCCAGCCAUGAGAUUAUCUGUGCUGGUGUUGGUGACGCUGGCCCUCGUGGCUUCCCAGCCGGCGGAGGCGAAGAGGACCAAGCGAACCAUUGGCAAGUGGUUCUCCGGACUCACGAAGUUGUGGAAGGGAGAGGAGGAGCCCGCGAGACCUCCGCGCCCGGUGUACGUGGCUCUGCCUCAACCUCAGCCCAUCUACCACCCGCCGCCUCCUCCGCCUACUCCCUCAUACGGCCCUCCGCCUCCAUCCUACGGAGGCGGCGGCGGCGGAUUCGGACAUGGUGGUGGUGGCGGAUUCGGACACGGCGGAGGCGGUGGAUUCGGACACGGUGGAGGCGGCGGUGGAAUCGUAGGAGGCAAAGGUCACGGCGGACACGGAGGCGGGCACGGAGGCGGACACGGAGGCGGCCACGACAUCCCUCACGGCUUCGGCCCCGUGAAGCACACCGACGUGGUGCACGCCGGCGACUCGUACAGCGCCCCUCCGCCGCCCCCGCCCACCGAUACCUACAGCUCGCACUCUAUCACGACGGUAGUUGGCGGUGGCCACGGAGGAGACCUAAUCACAUCCGGCCCAGUCAUCCACUCCGGACCCGUCGUUCCACCCGCUCCCAGCCAUCCUCAUCCCUCAGUCCCGGUGGUUCCUCCUGCCCCAGCCCCCCACCCCGCGCCUCACCCCGCGCCUCACCCUGUGCCUCACCCCGCACCUCACCCCGCCCCCGCGCCCCACGCUGAGCCCAGCAACAGCUACAGGGCCCCUCCGUCCUUCCCUCCGCCCAUGGCUGAGCAUGGCUCCUCGUCGUCCUCCUAUCUCGACGGCUUCCAGCCCUCACAGCCCAUCCCUGUGGCUCCCGCUCCUCCUCCUCCUCUGUACGACCUCCCGGCCAGCUCUUCGGGCAUCGGCGCUGGCAUCGGUGCUGGCAUUGGUGCUGGCAUCGGCAGUAGCAGUGGCGCCGUUUUUGGGGAUACGCACGCCCCUGCUCCGAUCGAUGUCCUGCCGCCCUCUCCCAGCCUGCCCUCACUCCCUAUCCAGACGCCAAGCGAGUCUUACGAGAGCCCGAGGACCAUAGCCGGCGCUCUGGACGCCCUUGACAUCAGCUCGCAGCUGGGGUACGACGACCCGAUUAUCGAGAUCGUGUUCGAGGACGGCGAGCCAGCCCCACCUCCGCCUCCGCCCAUCAUCGACCCCGAGCUCUUUGCCCUCCAGGAGGAGCCCGUGGAGGUGUACUUCAUCGAGUAUUCUCCGGGUGACAACAUCGACGACAUCGCCUCCCUGAACCUGGAUGGCGCUCAGCCGGCCAUCCUUCACGACCUUCCGGAAGAACUCCCGUUCGACGUCCGCUCACAACUUCUGGAUUCCGGCGUGCUGGACAAUGCUGAGAUUCAGGUGAUCGAUCUGGACGACGCCCUUGGAACCACCUUCCUGGAUCAGAGCGCCCGCGACGCCCUCGUCGCUGCGUAUGGAUCCGAAAGCCGCCUCUCAGAGACAAAGGUGAGGGCACCGAGGAACCAGGACGGCGUGGACAUUCGCGUUCACCGCCUGCUCGACGAGGACAACAACACGGUGGAAGCCUUGCUUUCGGGGCUCGGGCUCUACAAGGAGGGUCGCUUUGCAGGCGUCGUGGAAGUCAACGACAAGGACACCGAUAAAUUCGUGCCGGUUGUCGUCGACGGCAACCGGUUCCCCUUGCCCGAGGACCUCGAGGGCCGCGAAGUGGCCGGCGUGCUCGUCCUUGCCAACAGCAAGGAGGACGACUUUGACAGCAGCAACGACAAACCUCCAGCCAAUACGAGCGACCCCGAAUUCAACUUAGUCGAGGCUAGGUCCAGGCUGAGGUCGCGGACCUCACAGUCAGCGCCUCUCUCUCCGGAGGACCGUGAGUGGUACGGCAAUCCUGACGACUGGCGCCCAAUCUUUGAAUAAGCGAGAUGUGAUGUCGUAAAAAAUCUUCCUGGAAUGCGAGGCUUAGGAUUCUAGUCCAAGCCUGGAGAUUGAGACUCAGUACUCCUUUCUUGCCAUCAAGAAACGGAGUGUGGCAGUCUUCUCGGAAAACUAAAAAAAACGUUUCUGUUUUCGAGACAAAACAAAAUCUCCUAAGUGUGAAACGUGUGUCUCUAGAGCAUUCUCCAUUUUUCUUUUUUUUAGUUUUUUUUUUUUUCAUUUGAAAAAGGAGGCUAGAAAGUCAUUCCUCCUCAGCCCUCCCCCUCCCCCUCCCCCUUUUAUUAGUUACCUCCCACUUACCUUUUGCAAAACCUAUUUUUCGAAGCGAGGGCAUUGCCCUCACCAAAGAAAACAUUGAACCUUUUUAUAUAUUUUUGUUCCUCUUCUCUGUUUUCGGGUUGUCAAGUUUUGCGUAGCUUUACUACCGACUCUACACAUGAUGCUGUAAAUAUCGCUUCAUUAGUUGUUUUUAUCUCUUCUUUUCGUUUCCUUUCUUUUUUGUUAUGAACAUAUCUGUUUUAGGUUUAAGGUUCUGAUUGGCCGUGGCGAUGAAAAAAGAGAAAAUUACAAAAACUUUUUUUAAUCCUCUAAAGAAAGAAUAGGAAAAUAUUUCGAUAAUUUUGUCACUUGCCCUUCUCAGGUCCAAAUAUAACGGUGUGUGCAAAUCCUGCCUGCGAGACUUGCUGUUCUUCCUCUGAUAUCCCCAUAGCAUUAGAACCUCCAAAAAAAAGUUAUAUUUUUACUUAGUAUUAACUCUUCUCUGAAAGGGGGAGGGAAGGAGGCAGGGUGGCGGGGUCCUGUGUCCCCCUGCCUGCCCCGUGACCCCCUCUUUCUCCCCCUGUGAAGGUUAUUUCUUGUUUUCGUUGUACUCUAUAGAUAACAUAUUUAUGUAACUCUCAGAGUCGCCUAUUUUACCUAUGUAACGUUGCUCAAGCGAUCCCUCCCCCUCC